AGAGAGAGAGAGAGAGAGCUGCGGGUGUGGGUCUUAGAUUCUGUGAAGUGGGUGUCCUCACUAAUACACCACUUGUUCAUCUGUACUAUGUUUUCGUUUCUUUUUCUUUUUUUCUUUUCUUUCUCUUUUUCUUCUUUCCUGAGAAUACUAUGUUGUGAAUUUUUACACGACAAGGCAAUUACAAGAAAAAUAAUGCAGGGUGAAAUAAUUUUACAAGCAAAGCAACAGACGCAGUGAAUUAAGUCCCAUUUUUCUUUAUUUUAUUUCCGGCCCCCUCUAAAGCUUUUUUCAGUUAGUACAACAAACCGUGUCUAGAUUUUCUCUCUCCUCUCUCUCUCUCUCCCUCAAAUCGCCGGCGAUCUCUCGGAGCUGACACGUCUGCAGAUCAAAUCCCAUAUCAACUAGAGUCACUUGUUAUAAUCUGGAGUGCAAUUUACUUAUCCACAAGGAGGGACACCCAACAACGUGAGUUGGUCUGUUGGAAUUUUCCAUCCGUUUUGGGACCAAAGGUGGAGUCUUUACGGUUUGGCUGAUCUAUCUUGCCUUCCAAAGUUAUGCUAAUUGUAGAAUAGACUUGUUAUUGGCAUGUGGGCUGCUCUUGUUUGGGUCCAAGGAUGUUUGGGUGUGCUUUUCUUGGAUUUCUGGGGUUGUAGCGAGGCCGAUUGAUUCAGAGCUGAUUAAUUCUGCCGCCCCUCUUUCAGAGGGCUUCAAAUUUCUACCUUUUAGUUGUGGGUGUCCCUUGAUUUUUUUUUUAAUAAAAAAGAAAAAGAAAGAAAGAAAGAAAGAAAGAAAGAAAGAAUGGAGACCAAGUUUGGUGGAAAGUUGCAUAAUUUCUAUGGGCCGGUGGUGUCUGAGGUGGGGAAGAAGAGCACGGAAUGGGAUUUGAAUGAUUGGAAAUGGGAUGGUGAUCUUUUUAUGGCUUCUCCCUUGAAUCCUGCGCCUACAGAUUGUACAAGUAGGCAGCCCUUUAACAAUGAUGAAAUGAUGAUCCAGAAUGAGAGGGAGAAAAGGAGAAGGGUUGUUGAGGUUGAAAAUGAAGAAGCUGGUGGCUCACUUAAUCUGAAGCUAGGUCACCAAGAGUAUCCUCUGGAUGAGUCGGAAGGGAAGAGCGGGAAGAAGACUAAAGUCUCCGGUAUUCCGUCUAGCCGUGCUGUUUGUCAAGUAGAGGAUUGCAAAGCAGAUUUGAGCACUGCAAAAGAUUAUCACCGUAGGCAUAAGGUCUGCGACGUGCAUUCUAAGGCUACCAGUGCCUUGGUGGCAAAUGUUGUGCAAAGAUUUUGUCAGCAAUGCAGCAGGUUUCAUGUUCUUCAAGAAUUUGAUGAAGGGAAGCGGAGCUGUCGAAGGCGUCUAGCUGGCCACAAUAGACGGCGGAGGAAAACACAUCCUGAGAAUGUACUAAAUGCAGCCAACCAGAAUGAUGAGCGGGGGAGUAAUUACUUACUCAUCAGUCUGCUAAGGAUACUCUCCAAUCUACAAUUCAAUAGCUCUGAUCAAACCAAGGAUCAGGAUCUACUGUCUCAUCUUCUGAAAAACCUUGCAAGUGUUGCCAGUACAACAAAUGAGAGAAAUCAUACUGAGAUACUACCUGUAUCUCAGGACAUGCAGAAUGUAGGAACAUCUUUGGGAGCUGCUCAAAAGGACCUUCCUACUACCACUGGCCUAGAUGCAUCUGUUUUGACCAAAACGAGGGCGCUAACUGAUAAGACUGCAGGUGGAGUAGUACAAAAUGCAUCCACUUCAGUAUCUCCUUUAGUGUUCAGAACGAACGCAAGCAACUCAGUUCAAGAGAAGACAGAUACUAUACGAAGGACACAAGUGAACAAUAUUGACUUGAAUAAUGAAUAUGAUGGCUCUCAAGACUGCUUGGAGGAGGGUCUUCCAGAUACUUGUGCCCGUAAAAAUCUUGGAGAUAUGUCUCCUGCUGGCCCUUUAUGGUUAUAUAAGGAUUCUCAGCGGUCUAGCCCACCUCAAAAUAGUGGGAAUUCAGGUUCCACGUCGAGCCAAUCGCCAUCUACAUCUAGCGGAGAGACACAGAGUCGCACAGAUCGGAUUGUCUUUAAGCUGUUUGGGAAGGAUCCAAAUGAUUUCCCUCUUGUCCUGCGAAAACAGAUUCUUGAUUGGCUUUCAAGUAGUCCAACUGAUAUGGAAAGCUACAUCCGACCUGGUUGCAUUAUACUGACAAUAUAUUUGCGCAUGGAGAAAUCAUCCUGGGACAGGCUUUACUGUGAUCUCACAUCCAGUUUGAGAAGGCUUCUUGAUUCAUCCACUGAUCCAUUUUGGAGGACAGGAUGGAUAUAUGCUAGAGUACAACAUCGUGUCACAUUUAUGUAUAAUGGCCAGGUUGUGUUAGACACGCCCCUCCCUGUGAAAAACCAUCAAAGUUGCAGAAUAUCGAGUAUCAAGCCAAUUGCUGUUACCGUGUCAGAGGGUGUUCAGUUUGUAGUCAAAGGAUACAAUUUCUCUCAUUCCACAGCAAGGUUACUAUGCACUCUAGAAGGGAAAUUUCUAAUUCAGGAAAAUUGUGCUGAUAUGAGGGGAGGAGCAGAUUCUUCGAUUGAACAUGAUGAGAUUCAGUCCUUUAGCUUUUCUUGCGCUGUACCAGAUGUUAUUGGAAGGGGAUUCAUUGAGGUCGAGGACUAUGGUCUCAGCAGCAGCUUCUUUCCAUUCAUUGUUGCAGAGAAGGACGUCUGCUCUGAAAUUUGCACUCUAGAAAGCUUAAUCGAGCUUGCUGAUGCAGCUAACCCAGAUAGUAAUGCACUAGAAAUUAAGAAUAAAGCUUUGGACUUCAUACACGAAAUGGGUUGGCUGCUCCACAGAAGCCACUUGAAAGUUAGGUUAGGUGAUGUGGAUCCAUUCCCUUUCGAACGUCUCAGGUGGCUCAUCGAGUUCUCCAUCGAUCAUGACUGGUGCGCUGUAGUGAAAAAGCUAUUAAGUGCUGUAUUUGAUGGUAUUGUGGACUUGGGACAAGAAAAGUCCAAUAUACAAGCUUUGUUGGAUAUUGGCCUCGUUCACCGAGCUGUUAGGAGAAAUUGCGUAACCAUGGUGGCAUUUCUAUUAAGUUAUCAUCUGGACAAGACAGGAGAGCAUAAGCUAGUCGACGAGGAUGGCUACUUGUUCAGGCCUGAUGCCAUGGGGCCUGGUGGAUUGACUCCUCUUCAUAUAGCAGCCAGUUUAGACAGCUGUGAGAAUGUUGUGGAUGCAUUGACAGAGGAUCCUGGAUCGGUGGGGAUUGAAGCAUGGAAAAGUGCUCGUGACAGUAGUGGGUUGACACCCCAUGACUAUGCAUGCCUCCGUGGUCAUUACUCGUACAUCCAUCUAGUGCAGAGGAAGCUCAACAAGAAACCGGGAAAAGGGCACGUGGUGGUUGACAUCCCUGGGGUACUAGACAAGAAGCAGAAGGUGGUGAAAUACGCGCCUUUUGAGAGUGAGAAGCAGUGCAGGCAAUGCGAGCAGAAACUCGUAUAUGCUAGGCGUAGAGGGUCCGUCAAUAUAUACAGACCGGCAAUGGUUUCACUGGUCGCCAUAGCUGCAGUGUGCGUCUGCACAGCGUUGCUCUUCAAGAGCUCUCCAGAGGUAUUUUGUUCGUUCCAUCCCUUCAGGUGGGAGCUGUUGAAGUACGGAUCUCAAUAGAGAGAGAGAGAGUUGAUGUUUGAUAGAUAUGAUGAUGAUGUAUGAUUGUUGAUGCUUCUUGUCUAAAUGUAAGUUGUUAUAAAGGUGAAUUGAUGAUGAUUUUAUUAUUAUAAUAAUAAUAGCGAUCGACGUAUGUGUCUUUAUAACUUAAA